CGGUGUACGUCGUCGUCGUCCGUCCAAACGAUAAUCUCCGUCCAUCCGCCGCGGCGCACUCGCGCUCUUCGUCCACCAGGUCGUCCGCGAACAGGUGUCGAUGCUAUACGGGUACGAAGCCAGUUAAGCCAGUUAGCCGCACGAAAGACCAGCCAGCCAUAGAAAGAGCGUUUCAGGCACACAUCAGUGUUUAGUCAGUCAGUCAACUGGUUCUCCAGCUUGCGGAAGCUCGUGACAAUUUUUUCUUUGAGUGCGCGUAACUUGGCGCGCAUUUCACCGUUUCGUCGGUUGUUGCGGGGCUGAGGUGUGGAAAAUCGAGUGAAAAUUCGCGUCGAAAAUUGGUGGAAAUUAUCGAUUCUUUGGAGGAAGGUCCGAUUUGUCACAGCAGCCGAUUGAUCGUCAACUCGCCGAGUUAGUGUGAGUGAGCGGGAUUAACGCCAUUUCACCCCCUGUCCGGAUCAGCACACAUACAGCUCGCUCUGGAAUGACGACGACGUCGUUGACCACGAUCGCGCAGUGGGUCCAAGUCCAAGUGGCGCGCGCGAUCAAGUCCCGGAAUGAAUGAGUGAGUGAACCUCCUGCUCUCGAACGCGAAGGAGAGAGUUGAGCUCACACAGCUCGACUCGACGACGGAGUUCGGAGGGGAGAAAACUCGUUUGGCGAACGGCCAAGCAUAGAUAGUUUAGUUUGCGCGUUCGGCUUAGCCAGAUGUGAAAAGUGUCGAGCUCCGGCCGUCGUCCGAGAGCGCACAGCGUGAGUGUUAGUGUUUGUGUGAGUGUAAGAAGUUGGGAGAAGGAAGACGAGAAGAAGAAGAAGAAGGAGUGUUAUGCUGCUGUGUCAUAUAUCGAGUUGCGGGAGAAAGAAGUCAAAGUAGAAGCAGUAAUAACAGAGAAGAAGGAGGCAACAACCACGACGACAACAUCAAACGACGACGACGACGAUAAAGCCCAUAAGAAAGCAGAAAGAAGUUGAACCGCAAAGGUGUCGACUUGCGCCGGGGAUGAAUCAACGCUGGAACUACGGAGCAGGUUGCUGAGCGGUGUUCGGUGCGUGUACGCGCUCUCGUACGGGGGAAAAUCUCGGAAAAUCGGUGAAAAUUGGUGCCAUUUCGAGCGAAACGAGUCGAGAAUCGGUCGCAGGUCAACCGUAAUCGAUCGGAAAAGCGCUCGUCCGUUCUGAUUCAAUUACAACAGUGUGUAAUUGCAUAAAGUGAAAGCUGUGCCAGAAAUCGAUCCCAAAAGGACGUCAAACCCCCCUCCCCGUAUGGGCAGGUCAACACAGUGAAUCACCCAAGUUGUGCUCCAAAUUCUACCCAGUUUCAAGUGAAAAAAAAGUAUGUUCAAAAGUCAAAAAGCCAGCUCAAAGAAGGAAAAAUACGCAAAGAAAAGCCCCUAAAUAGGCCAGUGACUCUGCGCUUAAAUACUAAUGUAACUCCGGGGCGGUCACAUCGAUAUACCAGUUUUGAAAGGAAUGCUUCAUAUGCUCACACCACACAGAAGAAGGCUGUUGAAGCAAAAGGAUCGAUCCACCCACGUUCACCACGAUGGAGAGCAAGAAGCUCCAGCAGCUGCAGCAGGCCAACUCUCACCUAGCACCGAUUCCGCAGACGAAGCCACCAACUUUCCAGCAGCAGCAGAAUGCCGCCGAUUAUCGGCCUUCGCGGGCAUCGCCGGUCUUUCAGAACCACCCGCAGUACCAGAGCUUUGCGUCGAAUUUUGCCCAAAUCAACUACCCACACCAGAUUCGACCCCCGCAGCAAGUCGCACAGCAGCAACAGCAGCAGCAUCUUAGCGCCCACAGUAGUCCCAAAUCGAAUAGCAACAGUUUGUACCUUAGCGAAUACUCCAGCUCGAGCCAGCAACAGCAGCAGCAGCAGCAGCCAUCACAGCAGCAACAUCACCACAACACGAUCGGAAGUCACUAUCACUUUGACCAGAUCUACCAAACCAGCUCGCCGUCGAGUGGCAGUGGUGAGCGGGAACGCCUGUACCAGACUGCCCCCAGGCCAACGCAGCACACUCACACGCCAAGCCAGCCCGGGCCACCGCAGCCACUCACCAAGCUGGAGCUGCAGUUCCAACAGCUGCAGCGUGAAAAGAUCCAGGCCCAGAUUAAAACCGCCACGGAAGCGUUGGCCCACCAGCAGCAAACCUUUGCCCUUCGUCAGCAGCUCAAUCCACCCGUUCCCAACUAUCACCUGAAGCAGAACCUCCUUCAAAACCUGUCCCAGCAGCACCAACAGCAAAUCCAACACCAGCAACAACAGCUGCAGCGAAAUGCCCCUCCAUCGAGUCUGAACCUGACCAGCCACUUCCAGCCGGCCCAAGGUCCCAUGAAGCUGACGAAUCAUGCCAACAUCCAUGACUACGGUGCCACGGCGGCCACCAACCAGCAUGCGAUCAACGAAGCGUUCUACCAGCAACAGCAGCAGAAGCACAUCCACGCGGUGAUCAACAAAACGCCCAACAACAUGCAAUCCCCCGCCCCCAACCAGAUCAUCAUCCAGCAAAACAUUCCCGGCCAAGUGGUGAACCAAGCCUGCCAGACCCAAAUCAGCGGCGUCAAAAACAAUCAGCAGCAACAAAACCAAAAAUCACCCAACUCCGACUCGAUGUCCUCGCCGUCGCACGACGGCCUUGAACGCCGGAAAAGUGGUCCCGUACACACGCUCAAAUCUCCCGUCACCAAGCGACCCCUCAACGCGCCCGUCUCCAUGUCCGGCUGGCUCUACAAACAGGGCUCCGAUGGACUCAAAGUGUGGCGACGGCGCUGGUUCGUCCUGUCCGAGUACAUCCUCUACUACUACAAAAGCCAGGAAGAGGAGAAACUGCUCGGAACCGUCCUGCUCCCAUCCUACAAGAUAUCCGCGUGCUUCCCGGAGGACAAGGUCUACCGCAAGUUUGCCUUCAAGUGCGAACACACCAACAUGAGGACGUUCGUAUUCGCCGCCGAAACGGGCGAAUCCAUGACCAACUGGGUGCGGGCCUUGACCCUGGCCACAAUGAUGCAGGGCAGCAGCGAGUCCGAAACGAGUCCACCCUCGAACAACGCACGCAGCGGAGACAACAGCGAUUCUGGCAUUCAAACGUACCAAUCGCAGGUGUGCAAGACGGGAGCAUCCCAAGGACCGGUAACGCCCGUUUCCGACAACGGAGGUGGAUCGCAACCCCUGUACGCCAACGCACCUCCCAAACCACGCCGAGCGAACGACGGUGGGUACUCUUCCCCGAGUCCCGAACACAUCCCAUCCGAGCGAUACGACCAGGAUCAGCAGCAAAUCUACGGAAAAACUCCUGACUCGAGCUUUAUGCAGCAAUCACCCCAAAUCAAGCAGCAGCCGCAACAACAACAUCUAGGGUACGACCCGAACGCGUAUCCAAGUCCUGGCGGUGCUGGUGGUGGCCAAACUGUCUACAACGAUGCGAUCUACGGCAAUGUCAAGCGAAUCGAGCGGGACUUGUACAUCCAAAAGUUGAUCCAGCAGCAGCAACAACAACAAGCCCAACUCCAACAACUUCAGCAACAACAGCAAGUCCAACAGCAGGUUCAGCAGCUAGCUAUGCAGCAAACUCCACAACGAGCAUUCACAAACCCCUUCAUGUACCCGAACGCGGACCGACGAACACCGGACACGUACGGACCUCCGCGAGCCGCCCUGGACAAACACAUGUCCGACUACGAAGACAUCUACAACCUGACCAUGCUGUCCAAGUCUCUUCCAGCGGAAGAUCCAACACCUAGUGCAGCCACCGCCGCCGCAGGUUACCGCCGACCGAUGAGCCCCCUGCGCUACGACGGCCAAAACAUGCCCAUGCGUUACACUCCCAACUAUCUGGAGAACAACUCACCCGCACAGCAGCAGCACGUACAGAUGCGGGCCCGGCCCGUCCAAUCGACGAUCCCGCGACCCCACUCGGCUGACUUUCUGGAGUACGAGGCGCGCAACCCGAUCGGCGCCAACUCCCUAAACGGCGUCAAGGGCGGUAAGCUAAAGGACGGCGAACCAGCUCGAGCACCCCGGCCCAAGUCCAGCCUGGACAUCAACCGAACCCCGGACAACUACUACUACUCGGAGGCGAGUUACGCGGAGAAGAUGCGAAUGCAGAGUGCGUCGUACCUGCAGCGGGCCGCGAACCUUGGAGCGGUAGCGGGGAAGGAAGUGCCGGGCGCCGUCAACUCCAGCACGGUUCCACGCGAUGGUUAUUACGGAGGUGCGAGUUCGUCCAACGGUCGACUGGACUACGAUGAAAACGUCCUGCACCAGGGUUCGGCAAGUGUCCCGCGAGCGCAGCGCAUGACGAUGAACAACCUCAAAAAGUAUCCCAGCCAGCAGGAACAAUUCGCUCGGUCGGCCAGCGCCCGGCUUCCACGCAAAGAGGAAGAUCCGUCGGCACGGGACGGCGAACGCAAGCGGGAAGAGUCGAUGAAGCGACUGCUCGAGUGGAAGCAACGAAUGCUCCAGUCGCCGCUGACGCGCAAAAUGUCUCAACAGCAAGCCCAACAGCUGGGACUCGGUUCGCCCGGAUCCACUGGUAACCCGUUCUUGAGCAAGUCUGGCCAGCUGCAGAUGGAGGCGGAGAUGUACCUGGAGCAGGAGAAGCAAAUGCAAGCUCAACACCAGCAACAGCAACUACAGCAGCAGCAGCAGCAUCUACAACAACAGCAAAUGCAGCACCUAAGGGUUGACAACAAAUCCAACCUGGAGUACAACAGCUAUUCGUCAGACGAUGAAGAUGGAACAGAAAAUACGCCGGCAGGAAGGUCAACCCCAAAUGUGUCCGCUUCCGCGAGUGCAGAGCUAGAAAGUAGUGAAACUGUACCCCCAGCUGAAGCGUCCGAUCUAGACCCUAAAGAAUUGCCCCCACCUCCCAGUACCUCCGCGGGUGACGACACCCUGAACACCUCCCAACAGUCUUUCUCCUCUGCCACCGUCUGCGUCAGCGUAGCGGUAGACGACACGGACGACUGUUCAAACAUUUACGAAAACAAUUCGAUCGCGGCCGCGUCCACUCCCAAGACCGCCAAACCCUUGACCAGUGUCGGUAGCUUCAAGGAGAAGAUGCUUCCCUUGGAGCCACCCAAAUACAAACCCGUUUACGACCAUAGUUCCAUACUGAAAUCGCCCAUACAGCAACCGCAGACGAAACAACAAACUGACCAGCAAACCAAGUCUCCCGAAGAACUGCACUCUAACGAAGACGACGCUGAGGACAUGUCGUUCGAGUACACCGACGAAGACCUGGACGAAGCGCUGCAAGCGGAAGUGUCCGACGAGACCAAGACGACCAUAGGUGACGAUAUGAUUGACGUGAGCAGUGAGAACCAAUCGUUCUACAUGCCAAUGACGCCGAAGAAACCAGUACUAACCAACGAGGUAACUGAAAUGAAGCUUACCGCAAUGGACAUCUUAAAUUCCAUACAGAAGGGAACGUCAGAUCCUCAGGAUGAAAACACCUACAUCGAAAUGACCAACGGACUCGGUGGAAAGUGUGUGUUUGGUGAUGACCUCAAGUCUACCUAUGAAAUGAUCAUGGUACAGAAUAGUCCACCGAAAGCCGACCAGGAACCGUUGUACAUGGAGUUGUCCCAACUGCACAGCAACAGUUUGGAGAAGAAGCCAAAACCCGAUGUGAGUGGGUCUAGCAAGAAGAACGCACCGGAAUCGGCUACCAGUACGCUAAAGAAGAAACAAUCCGAUCGUAACACCCUCUCCAAGAAGCACAACAAACGUAACGACUUGCCAGAUAUUCUUAAAUCAAACAAUAGCUACCUUAAGAGUGACGACAGCUCCGAUGCCGACGACGAAUCGGCCAAGGAUCAUGACAAAAUAAAAAUCAAAGCCGCUCGUUCGCGGUUCAGCCUGUCGGACACGUUCCGUCCAGCGUCCUACUACUUGGGCGCCAGUUCAAGCACUCCGCUCGGAGACUGCAUCGACAGCUCGGACAGUGAGAUCGUGUCUCCACCCCCAAUCCCAACAACCGCCCUGCCCUUGGACGAGCACAACAACGAUGAAAUGUUCCUCUCGGAGAAUUUCGACACGGUGAAGCGUCGCGACAAAGGAUCCUCCAAGUCCAACUCGCGCUGCUCCUUGCUCAACCCCUCCGAUCAUCGCCAGCCCAGCCAGACGAGCCUGUCCGGGUCCAUCGACAACAAGUCCCAGUCGAGCAAGAAUCACUACGAAUCGAACCGAUCGAGCUUGCAAAGCAAUUUGUACCUUGGAUCGUGCUACAACGUGGACGGCCGGUACGACAACGGGUCGAACACCUCGUCGGACUAUGAUCUGUACCGGCGGUUGAAGGUAGAGCCAGCCGUUGAAGAUGAUGCGAGUCGGCGCACUUCUACCUCGUUGUCCGAGACGGAGUCGAUCGAGUUGAGACGGAGCAGUUCCAAGAUGGAUGUUGCGACGCGCAACAAGCGGAGACCGAUUUCGGAGGAUUCGCUGAAUGAGAUUCAGGUUCUGGGCGGGUACAGUAUCGAUGAGACGCUGUCGAACGCGAGCUUUGAUCAGUAUUUGGGAAAUUUGGAGAACGUGUACGUGAAUUCGGAGAAGAACAGCUCAAGUCGAAUGAGCUGGAUUCACGACAGUUUGACGAACUUGCCGGCGAUGGAUUCGUUCAAGAAUGGCCACGAUAACAGUAUUUACUACGAGAACGUGGAGAUGCAACCGCGUGCCAAGUCGACUACGGGUAAUCGGACGGACGAUGAAGCGAAAGCGUUCUACGAUUCGCUGGAAGAUGUGGCGGCUCACGAGAAGGUCACGCUGUCACCGUUGAAGGAGAAGAAUCUGUCGAUCCACGACGCUCGUUGCGAGUCGGAGGAUUUGAUGGCGGCUGGGAGAAGUAACUUGAACAUUGAAAUUGUCGACUCGGUGACGACGAUGUCCUCGAUGGAUUUGGAUCAGCGCAGUUCGUGCACGGUGUUUGAUUUGACGCAAACGACAACUCCGGCACAUAGUAGGGGCAAUAGCAAUUUGUCGGACUCGGCACCGUACUAUUAUUCGGAUUUGCAGAGUAGGGAUUCGCCGCUGUCCGAUAUCAGCAAACUUUCGGAUUUGGCUCGGAUCAAGUAUCCGUUGAAGUUGAACAAUCAACGUGAGGUUGGGGUGAAGAAGGCAGGUAUUUCGCACAUUCACAAUCCGAUAAGUCACGUGAAGGCGGCGAACAUUUUGACGGCAGCGGAGAAGGAUCAUGAAAUUGAUCAGCGCAAUAUUUACGAGUCGGAUCGUAUGGUUGAUAAGAAUGUGAACAAGAUGUUGGAGGUGUCGUUGUCGAGCAACAGUAAGAAUUAUUACAACAACAAGAUGAUGAACAACAAGCCUAGUCAGCUGGAGGAGCCACGGGUCAGUGGAGAGGUGAACUCGUCAACGUCGAUCUUGGCGUCGAUACUCAAGUCUAGCAACAGUCCAAGUAGCAAUCAAGUGCUGGCAGCUUUGAGCAAUCAGGCGAGUGCUUCCUCCAAGAGUAGUUUGAACAUAUCGACGGAAAUGUCCGCCAGUGGGGAUCAACUGUGGGAGGAGGAUAGUUUGUGGCGGGAUAACUUGCGCCGGGCAUCUCACAUGCACGCCAAGUCUAUGGAGAGUUUGGAUCAUUUGAAUGCGGGUUCUUCGAUGCAGUCCAAGUUGUCCACUUUGAACAGAAAACAUCUGCAGCGUCAGGCGGGGAAGGCAAUCACUCGGGAUGUGACCUACGUGAACGAUGCUCUGCUGACGAAGGCGCAAACGAUGAAGAAGCAUCACAAGGCGCAAAACUCGAGUGACGACAAUGACGUGUACGUACAGCUGGCAAGCAAUAGUAACAUGACAGAUUCGGCUUCAUCGGAUACGACCUCGGACGUUUAUGAGGUGUUGAGGGACGAGACCAAGUACGACAUUGACCGAGAAAACAUUCGACAGUGGGAUUUGAUGUCCAGCGGGCUGGUCAACAGUGCCAACAAGUGCCUGGAGACCGAGGGUAGGGAUCAAUACGGACGCAACGGCAAGCAGGACUUGGGUGGCAAGCUCGGUGGGACGGGUGGAGGUGGAGGUGGGGUAAGCAGCCGGGACAGCACGCUCAAGCGGAAGCAUCCCCUGGGUCUGGAUGGGUCGUAUCAGGCUGCAAAGGGUGCAGUGGCUACCGCUAGUACAUCCAGCACUAGCAAUGUAGAGACCGCUAGUGCAGUGUCCUCUUCGACGGUUGAUAGCAAUGAAUAUACGCCAAGUCCCGGGUCCAGCCAUGUCUUUGCAACGUCGUCGGAUGCACAUGUUCACAAAAAGCACAGUAACACAACACACUAACGCAAGAAUAUUAAAACAAAAAACAACGGAACGCACAAUCACGUUUGUUGAAAGGAUAGAUUUCUAAGUACUUUUUUUUAUCUUCUAAGCAUUCCAUUAAUCCGGUAAGGUCCAACAAUGUCACAUUGUAUUUAUGUUUUAUUUUAUAUACUUUUUAUGUGUAAAUUAGCAAUCAAAAGGCCAAAUUAUCAGCAAGCAUUUUAUCGAACAAUAAAUACUCUUCCAUUUGCAAGCAACGAAUCAAAACAGAUUAACCUAAGUGAUAUGAUAUAUAUUGAUUGAUUUUUUUUUUAUAUGAUUUCAUAUACAAGAGAAACGUAUUGUAAAUACAUAUAUACAACAGAUAUGGAAAAAAACAAC